GGUUUAUUAUCUGCCAGCCCAUUGAUUCAUGUCUGUGGUUGUUAUCGUUUAUACUUUGCCAAAUCCCACAGACAACAUAUACACAUGUUAUGGUGGAAACCGACAGAGUUACUUCUUGAAUUCCCCUGUUGUGUCAGGCUCGGCUCGACCAGGGAGAGCGCUUUCCAACAACAGCCUGGACUUUGAAAAUUCAAACACAGUAGGCGAAGAGAUUCCGGUAUUUCCCACAGAACUGAAUGCUCGUUGCCAAUCCACCUUUCAGCCGCAAGUAAGAAUGAACAGAGUCAAGUGGAGCUCUUUCAGUCACCUGAUGUAACAUCGCCGCGGAAAUUACAGGAAAGUUUUCGUGGCUGGGAGGAACUGAAAUGGCAAAAAACACAUCGUUGUAUUUUCGUAUCAUCGAAGGGAGAAAUUUACCAGCAAAAGACGUAUCUGGCACCAGUGAUCCUUACUGCAUCGUCAAAGUGGACAAUGAGGUGGUGGCCAGAACUGCUACCAUAUGGAGGAACCUCAAUCCAUUCUGGGGUGAAGAAUAUACUCUCCACUUACCCAUGGGUUUCCACAACCUCUCAUUUUAUGUAAUGGAUGAAGACACCAUUGGGUAUGAUGACGUCAUUGGGAAGAUCUCUCUUAAUAAGGAGCACAUAGCAACUCACCUACGAGGAAUUGACAACUGGAUAAAUCUGACUCGGAUUAACCCUGAUGAAGAGAUUCAAGGAGAGAUACAUUUGGGUUUAGAGAUACUCCAAGACCAGCACACAAAGGCACUGAGAUGUCAGCUCAUUGAAGCAAGAGACCUUGCACCAAGAGACAUUUCUGGCACAUCCGAUCCAUUUGCAAGAGUGGUAUUUAACAACAAGACUGUAGAAACAACAACUAUAAAGAAGACUCGUUUUCCUCACUGGAAUGAAGUGUUUGAGUUUGAACUGGAGGAUGACUUGCCAACAGAAGGAAUGAUGUUCACUGUGGAAGUCUGGGACUGGGACAUGGUGGGAAAGAAUGAUUUCCUGGGAAAGGUUGACUUCAAUCUAGAUGCCCUUUUGAAGACUCAAGUGUCCAAGGGCUGGUUUAGAUUGAUGCCUUUUGAAAAAAAUGAAGACGAUGCAGGAGGGAAAUUAGGAGCAUUGCGAUUAAAAGUCAGGUUAGCAGAGGACCGGAUAUUACCAUCAAUGUACUAUCAGCCACUGAUCGACCUGUUGGUGGAACCUGUGAUCUCUCCUGCCAAAAGUGUCGCAGCUGCAAGACCCGCAAUAAGAACCACCCUGUCUGAAGCUUCACCAGCUUAUGAUACAGACCUUGCAUCUACAGACUGUCUAAACCAGGCUGAGGAUAUGAGCCCUCUCACCAUGCUGGAAGAGGUUACCACAGUGGAGAGCAGGCAGGAUGUGGCAGUAACGCUAGUAAAGAUCUUCCUGGGUCAGGGCCUGGUGGUGCCUUUUCUUGACUACCUCAAUAUGAGAGAAGUGAAUAAAACAACUGAUCCAAAUACUCUUUUCAGAUCCAAUUCCUUGGCUUCAAAGACUAUGGAACAGUUUAUGAAGCUGGUUGGAAUGCCGUAUUUACAUGAGGUGCUGAGGCAAGUCAUUAACCGUAUUUUUGAUGAAAAGAAAUACAUCGAACUGGACCCUUGUAAAAUUGACCUUAACAAAACAAGGAGGAUUUCAUUCAAAGGGAGUCUUUCAGAAGCUGGUGUACGGGAAUGUAGCCAAGAGCUUCUAAAAUCUUACCUGACUGAUGUGAUGGAUGCCAUUGUGGGCUCAGUGGAGCAGUGUCCUUCAGUUAUGAGAGUAGCCUUCAAACAGUUACAUAAACGAGUGGAAGACCAAUUUCCAGAAGCACACAAUGAGGAUGUCAAGUACUUGGCUAUCGGUGGGUUUCUCUUCCUGAGGUUUUUUGCCCCAGCCAUUUUAACACCCAAACUCUUCAGCCUGAGAGAUCAUCAUGCCGACACGAGGACAGGAAGAACCCUGCUGCUUUUGGCGAAGGCCGUUCAGAGUAUUGGUAACCUGGGCCUUCAGUUGGGACAUGGAAAAGAACAGUGGAUGACACCCCUUCAUCCAUUCAUUUUACAGAGUGUAAGCUGUGUGAAGGAUUUCCUGGAUAAGUUGAUAGACAUUGAUAAUGAAGUGGCUGAGCUUCAACAACGCGUAGUGUUCCACCCAUCAGUUACCAUUAAAGAAGGAUAUUUACACAAGCGGAAAGCCGAGGGAGUCAACCUUGUCACUCGUUUCACCUUCAAGAAACGCUAUUUCUGGCUAAGCAGUGAAACCCUGUCAUAUGCCAAGACCCCAGAUUGGCAGGUACGGUCAUCUAUUCCAGUCCAGCGUAUCUGCGCAGUUGAACGAGUGGAUGAAAAUGCCUUCCAGCAGCUCCAUGUGAUGCAGAUCAUCACCCAAGACAAUGAGGCUCAGCUACACAUUAUGUACAUCCAGUGCAAGAAUGUGAACGAACUGAAUCAGUGGCUUUCGGCUAUCAGGAAAGCCAGUAUCUGCAAUGAACGCACGCUUGCAUCCUUUCAUCCAGGCUCUUACAGGAGCAACCGUUGGACUUGUUGCCUGCACACUGACAGGACAGUUCGGGGAUGCAGUCGCACACAUUCUGCUGUGACCCUGGGUGACUGGAGUGAUCCACUUGACCCAGAUGUUGAGACACAGACCGUUUUCAAGCAACUCUUACAAGGCAGAGAAAAGCUGAAACAGAAGUACCUUGACUCUUUAGAUGCAGAAACUGUGAUGGGCAAGGAAGGAAGAAUACAUGGUAUGAGGAUAGAGGAAGGAGUUGACAAGAGCUGCUCCUUUCAUGAUCAGAAGAUGUCAGCGGCUGCCAGACUGCUGGAUGUUGUGCAAGAUCUUGAACGUGCUCACCAGGCAUUCGAACAGAAAGAGAAAGAGGAGCAGGCCAAUGAGAUGGUGGCUCCCUGAGUCGUACUGAGGCAAGACAUCUGAAAAAUCAGUUAGUGCGCUAUGUGCAGUGUGCCACAUACCAGUCCAGGCGUACAGUGGAUUUAACAAGGGCGAAUUACACAAUACAAAUGUCAACAAACUGAAAUACAAACUUGCAGGUGUGAUUGACACUGAGAGCUGCAGAAUGGUUCAGACAUUCCUUUAUAAGCUGCAUUAAAAACAUUAAAAAGAAAGGGAUUGUCAUCAUAUCCAAGCAACUUUGGGGGAAAGUUGCUGAUUUGUUGCUGUUUAAGACUGAGGAUGAGAUUUCAUCUACUACUAAUGUAAGGCAGCUGAGCACAGGCACCUAUUGAUGCAAGAGCAGUGGUUACGUUCUGAACGCUUUCCUGUCUGUUCUUUGGAGAUGUUUCAGUUCCAUGCAUUGUCUCCAGUAGUUUGUAAUUGCACCACAGGAAACCAAAAACAAUAAAUGUCUGAAAUUAUACAUCACAA